GCGUGAUGGACGCGGCCGUAGUUCUUGUUCUUGAGAGCAUGGUAGAAAGGUGAUUGUGGAACCGCUGCCGGAAAUUACAGGGAACAAACGCGGUAUUAGCGAGCGCCAUCGAAUUGGUAGUAACCAAUGCUUCCUGCACAUACAUGCAAAUUCUUAAGGCACACGAUAUCAUAAAAUGCGCUUCCUGCGGCUUACCGUUCGGGGCACCAUCCAGUCGAGCACAUGCAACAAAGUUGCCACUCGAUGUGCGCAUGUAAGCACUACUCGCGCAGUUCUAGGUAAUAAAUUAUGGCAAGAAUCAAAGCUGACAUGCUGCAGUUACCAGAAAAGUACGGUUCGGUGGAAAACUGGGAAAGGCAGCUUAUCGUCGCUCUUCAUGCCGGUGCCUGUAAAAGUAUCAAGCAAUCCAGAUGAUAUCAACGUUGGUGAGGAGUUGACAACGAAACUAAAAAAAGAGGACCUGCUCAAGAUAUUAAAUCAGUUCAGUAAAAGGCCAGAAGUGAUCAAGUUGAGUGAAGAAAAUGGACUUGAUGCACGUUUGUUUCACCAGGCUUUCAUCAGCUUCAGGCGAUACUGCAUGGAGUCUGAACAUUUACCCGUGGAUCUUCAUAUCGUGUUCAGUGACCUUCUCCAGGGCGGAAGCCAUGUUGAUGACCUCUUUCCCUAUUUCCUUCAACAUGCAAAGCAGAUAUUUCCACAUCUUGAAUGCAUGGAGGAAUUACAAAAGAUUAGUGAUCUUCGGCUACCUGGGAACUGGUACCCUGAAGCACGUGCCAUUGAGAGGAAAAUCAUUUUCCAUUCUGGGCCCACGAAUAGUGGAAAAACACAUAAUGCAUUAGAAAGUUUUAUGAACUCUGAGACUGGGCUGUACUGUGGUCCCCUCAAAAUGUUGGCUGUGGAAGUGUACCAGAAAACAAACGAGAAAAAUACUCCUUGUGAUUUGAUCACUGGGGAAGAGAGAAAAUAUGUUGACCCUGAAGGCAACCCAGCAAAGCAUGUGGCCUGCACUGUUGAAAUGGCUUCUGUCACUACACCAUAUGACGUAGCAGUGAUUGACGAAAUCCAAAUGCUUCGCGACCCCCAGCGUGGCUGGGCGUGGACCCGGGCCCUCUUAGGCCUGGCUGCAAAGGAAAUUCAUCUCUGCGGUGAAGAAGCAGCUUUGAGUUUGGUGAAGGAGAUCCUUAGCUCAGUGGGUGAAGAAGUGAAGGUUAAUAGAUAUAAACGUUUGACCCAGUUAGUGGUAGAAAAUCGCGCACUAGAGAACCUCCAGAAUAUUCGUCCAGGCGACUGCAUUGUGUGCUUCAACAAGAAUGAUAUCUAUAAUGUGAGCCUCCAGAUUGAGCGCCAAGGGGUUGAAUGCGCGGUCAUCUAUGGUGGGCUCCCGCCUGGAACCAAACUGGCGCAAGCCAAAAAAUUUAAUGACCCUGAGCAUCCUUGCAAAGUUCUUGUUGCCACUGAUGCCAUUGGCAUGGGGCUCAACCUGAGCAUUCGGCGCAUUGUGUUCUAUUCCAUCGUUAAGCCCACAAUGAACGAAAAAGGAGAACGAGAAAUGGACUCGAUAUCUACAUCUCAAGCGCUCCAAAUUGCUGGUCGUGCGGGACGCUACGGUACACAAUUUGAAGUGGGGCAUGUGACAACCUUUCGAACGGAUGACCUUCCCGUGUUGAAGCAGAUCCUUUCGUCGCCGGUUGAAUUAAUUGCAGCAGCUGGGCUUCAUCCGACGGCUGAACAGAUAGAACUCUUCGCCUACCACUUACCACAUGCAACUCUUUCAAACUUGAUCGACAUCUUUGUGAGCUUGUGCAAAGUAGACUCAUCGUCGUACUUCAUGUGCAACAUCGAAGGCUUCAAGUUCCUGGCAGACAUGAUUCAACAUGUUCCUCUUCCACUGAGGGCACGAUACGUGCUUUGCUGCUCUCCUAUUAACCAGAAAAUGCCUUUUGUGUGCACCAUGUUUCUAAAGUUCGCACGGCAAUACAGUCGCAACGAGCAGCUAACCAGCCAGUGGUUAGGCAGAAACAUAAACUGGCCACUCAAUGUUCCCAAGACCAUUAUGGAUCUCGUGCAUUUGGAGGCAGUGUUUGACGUCCUGGAUCUUUACCUGUGGCUGAGCUAUCGUUUUCCAGACCUCUUCUGCGACGCAGAUACUGUGCGAUCAAUGCAGCAAGAACUUGACCUCAUUAUCCAGAAAGGCGUGUUCAAUAUCACCAACUUGCUACGGGCUGGAAUGAGUGAGGAUGAAGAAGCAGAGGAAGAGUGUCCACGUGAAUCCCGACAGAAGCCACAGCAGAGACAAGCCUCUGAGGGUCCGAGCGAGCGCUUCGGCAAAGGAAAGCUUACAGACCGGCUCAUUGCGCAGGGCUUAUUGACUAAAGACCAAAUUAGGGAACUGCAGAAGGAAUGGGAAAGCAACAGUCAGAACAGUGCAAGUGCAGCAGCCCUUAACAAACGAAAUAGAAAGAAAAGAAAAUAGGACUGAGCAAAAUGCUAGCAAAGUAUGGUCACUUUUAUGGUUUCUACCACUGAAUAAAUUCCAGAGUCACGAUCCA